AUGGCGUCGCCCGGCAGUGAUUCUCUCCGAUCUGACAUACCCUCGAUACGACCUGCACCCACACCGGUGCAAUUCCCGCCGCAGCUCUCCCCAACCCGAAUCGCUGCCAACGCCAACGCUGGUGUCAGCGCGACAGCCCCACCUCCCCCAUCCGCAUCAUCCGUCGGGACGGCGCUUCUUCGCGAUUAUGCCCUUCAUAUAGAACCCUCCCAGACGCACGAGAUUCCGUCGCAUGACCACGCCCCACGAGCGCCUAGCAACGGUGUGUUACCACUGCAGAAGAACGGGCUCAACCAGGAGGAUACUGCCGGCCGGCCACUGCCCUCUUCGAGCUUCCACCGGUUCCGCCAGAAGUCCUUCUCUGGAAACCGAUCUCUCUCAACGGACUGUAUUCCGCGUCAAACCAUCAUGAAGGCCUUAGCCUCGCGGUCAAGCUUGGCCAAUAGUAAUCCGAACCCUGCCUUCACAAACCCUUUUACAGGCAUGUUCGCCAACAGCACGCACGAAGCCGCUUCGUCGCCGCCGGAUGACAAGGAGCGCCGGUGUAGCAAUGCCUCGUCCCAAAAGCUGUCAAGUGCGCUUUCCAACUUGCAAUUAGGUGGAUAUCUGGAGCGGUCUCCCUCAACGGCGCGGUUGAUGCUCCAGUCACCAUGCUAUUUCCACCAACGCUUCGACGACGCCGUCAACAUAAAGAAAGUUCUAGAAGAGAUUGCAGAUGACGAGUGGCUAUCACAUUCAAGGCUGGUUCAAACCGCGACAGGGGUCCGGGAGGUUUCGAAACAAUUGCAAAGACGGCCGAUCAAACGCGCGGUGCGCAAUAUCAUGAUCGUCACCAAGGCACGCGACAAUACCCUGGUCCAUUUGACACGCGAAGUAGCCGAGUGGCUGCUGUCGACACCGCGAUAUGGAAGCAAUCUGGGGGUCAAUGUAUACGUCGAUGCGAAGCUGCGGAAUUCCAAGCGGUUCGACGCUGUAGGCCUCUUCCAGAAGGAACCGCGGUUCGCACAAAUGCUCCAUUUCUGGACUCCGGAUCUCUGCUGGACGUCACCGGAGAGAUUCGAUUUGGUAUUGACGCUGGGCGGUGACGGUACGGUCCUCUUCACUUCCUGGCUCUUCCAGCGUGUGGUACCCCCGGUGCUCUGCUUCUCGCUCGGGAGCCUGGGCUUCUUGACGAAUUUCGAGUUUAAAGAAUAUCAAUCCCAUCUCAAUGGCGUCAUGGGCGAGAUCGGCAUGCGCGUCAAUCUACGAAUGCGUUUCACAUGUACAGUGUUCCGGCAAGACCGGAGCAAAGGGGCGGAGGCUGGCGCGGUGGAGGAAGGAGAGCAGUUUGAAGUUCUGAACGAGGUGGUCAUUGACAGGGGCCCUUCUCCCUACGUGUCCAACCUGGAGUUAUACGCCGAUAAUGAGUUGUUAACUGUUGUCCAAGCGGACGGUUGCAUCUUCUCCACGCCCACUGGCUCGACCGCAUAUUCUUUGUCCGCUGGCGGCUCUCUCAUGCACCCGUCGAUUCCGGGCAUCCUCCUCACUCCGAUUUGUCCCCACACUCUCUCUUUCCGCCCCAUGGUCCUCUCAGAUUCUCAUCUCCUCCGCAUCGCUGUCCCCAAUACCUCACGAUCCACCGCCUACUGCUCCUUCGAUGGCAAAGGACGCGUCGAGCUUCGACAGGGCGACUACGUCACUGUUGAGGCUAGCCAGUAUCCCUUCCCCACCGUCGUCUCUGAUAGCGGCGAAUGGUUCACCAGCGUUCAACGUGCCCUGCGCUGGAAUACCCGCGGUGCUAUCCAGAAGAGCUGGGACAGCGGAGAUGCUGACGGCGGUCUGAACGGUGACGCCGAAGAUGAUUGGGACAUCGAUACCGACGCCGGGCUCACCGGAACAGACAGUGGUCUUGGUCCAAGUGAGGACGGCGACUCCAUGUCACCGAACCCGAUGCGGCGACAAAUGAGCCUGCUGAGCAUGUAG